AUGCUGCGGCUAGAAGCAGCAGAGCUGAAUGCUUGGGGCAAGGCAGUUGCGCACCCUCUGGUGGCUGCCAAGGGCGUGGGCAACCUGAAUCCCAUGCCUCCCUUCCUCACCUUCCCUGGCUACCUUCCAGCUUCGCCAAAAGCUGUGCUCGGGUCUGUUCCAGAAAAGCACUUCGCGGAAGAAGAUGAUGUCGACUCCGUUCUCCUCUCAGCAUCCAAGAUCCUGAAUUCCUCUGAGGGGGUAAAGGAAAGCGGGGACAGUGAACCAGAAUAUGGCUGUGCAUCAGAACCAGAAAAUCAAAUCCAACCACAAUCAGCACUGAGAGUCCUGCAGCAUCAGCUGGAGUCGUUUCAGGCUCUGCGGAUACAGACUCUGCAGAACGUCAGCAUGGUACAAUCUGAAAUCAGUGAAAUAUUGAACAAAAGUAUUGUUGAAGUAGAAAAUCCACAAUUUAACUCAGAAAAAAAUCUAGUAUUCAGCAUGCAUCCUGAAAAGGAUUUGUCUAACAAGACACAAGAAGAAAUACUUUCUCCCAAGAAAAGUAAUCAUUUUGAGGACCCCGAGACUCUGCAUUCGAUGGAAGAGAACUUCGGAAGUAAUAGCAGCACUGUUCUCUCUCAAGGCUUAACUAUCCCACCCCAGAUACAGGCCACGGACAUGUCAGCUCUGCAGAGUCUGAGAACAGCAGAUAACUCACCUCCCAGCAAAGUUCCGAACACUUUGGAGCAGCCCAUAAAGAAUUUCAGUCUCUAUCAGUUUCUACCUCCCGUGCCUCAAACAGCGGAGUCCCAAGCUGCUCCCAUGACUCUGGAUAAAUCCGCCAUCACUGUCCCUUUCCUGAAGCAGGAGUUCUGUGAAAACUUAGACGACAUCUGCUACUCUAUUAAGCACAUGAAAGAAGAGCUUCGGAAGUCGAACGACAAGGAGCUGGCGCUUACAAAUGAACUUCACACUUUCCAGGCAGAUGCAAGUCCUCAAAGUCACCAUAAACAUGAGCUGUUUCCCAUUUGUAGCUCAAAAUUUAAUUUUAUCCGGCAAGAAAACACGGAAGGUAACUUAAGUGAAGACAUCAAAUCGAAGAGAAUUUCUGAAUUAGAAGCGUUAGUGAGCAAACUCCUCCCACUCAGGGACACAGUGUCAAAACUGCAUGUGAAUUUUUGUAGGAAAUGUAAAAAAUUAUCUAAAAGUGAAAUAUACCGAGGGAAAAAGAAUGAGAAAAAUAAAGACAUCCCUAUCACCAGCAAAAGUAUUAUGGAUUUAAAAUUCCACUCCCGAGCUCCAAGGCACACUCUGUCGGUCCUGGACCCAGGGAAACACAAAAUAAAAGAAGGCCAAGCAUUCAUAGUCAGCCAAGGACCUGUAACAUUUGAAAACGAGAAGACACCCAAAGGCAGGUGCGUCCCUGAGCAGUGCGUCGCCAAAAUUCAUUACCUGCAGAAUUACCUAAAAGAAUCCUUGCAGAACCAGAAAAAGAUGACAGAACUGGAGAACGAAAACCUAGCCCUUAAGACCAAACUGAAGCCCCUGAUAUUCACCACACAAUCCCUGAUCCAGAAGGUGAGAGCCCACGAAAAGCAGCUGAAGUCCCUGGCUGAAGAAAAGAGCACUCUUCAGUCCAAGUUAAGCAACGCGGAGGAAGAAAACCAAGAUUGCCUCAGGGAGCUGAAGAAAAUCGUCAGCACGUAUAACGUCCUCCAAGGCCAACACAAAAUGCUAGAGGAGAAAAAUAGUCAGCUCUCUUUGGAAAAGCAACAGAUGCUAGAAACAAUAGACCACCUGAAGAGCAAGGAGCACAAGACCCAAAAUGACAUGGCUCUUCUCCAAACCGAAAACAAUAGAAUGAAUAUAGAAAUAGAAGCGAUGAAAACAAGCGCGCUGCUGAUACAGGAUGAAAGGGAAAUGCUGGAGAAAGACAUGUACCAACUCCUGAAAGACAAGGGCGCGCUCGAGAGUGAACUGAAAGACAGCAAGCUCGACAUCCUGCAGCUCAAAGAGACGGAGAGCCUGGCCAAAGCCGAGCAGGAGUCGCUUCUUCGCAUGCUCGACGCAGCUAAAGCCGAGAAGCUGAGUCUGGAGGCAGCAUUGCAAGAAUCCGCUUCCGCCAGACAGAUGUUGCAGAGAGAGCUGGUGGAUAUCCAAGCCUACCAGUCUGCCGCGGAAGAGAAGUUCCUGAAGGAAAUCAAAAGCGCCAAGGCAGAGACGAGCGUUUACAAAAACAGCUUGGCAGAAAUCAGCAAGGAGUGUGAGGUGUUGUCCAAAAUGGUCAUGGAGAUUAAGGCGGACAACCAGAUCCUGAAAGAGGAGCUAAAGAAGCACAGUCAAGAAAACACCAAGUUCGAAAACAGCAUCAGUCGGCUCACCGAAGACAAGGUACUUCUGGAAAACUACGUGAGAAGCAUAGAAAAUGAGAGGGAUACCCUGGAAUUUGAGAUGCGGAAUCUUCAGCGAGACUACUUGAGUUUAAGCGAUAAAGUCUCCGGUCAGAACAACAGCGCAUCAAAAUCGACCUAUGUUUCAAGAAGAGAAAAAUUCUAUUUUGACAACUACGAUGCCUAUGAAGAUGCUUCUAGUCUUCGGAAUAGGCCUUUGGCCUCUGACUUGAAAGGAAUGCCACAUAAACUGCAUCAACGGCUUCCAUCCAAGAUAUGUAAAUAA